UUAGUGGAUUUGAAUAAAUUAUAAUAUAUAAACAAUUAACAAAGGUCGAUUCUAUGAUUUGAAUCAUCAAUAUUGUUACUCGUUGUUAGUAUUUUUUUACACUUUAUUUUCUGAAGAGGAACAAAUAAAGUUCAAAAUACUUUAAAGUUAAUAUAUAACGAGUAUUAAAUAUUCAUAAAUUCGUGAACAGUGUGAUAUUUUAAAAUUAAUUUCUUGAAUGACAACUUUUACGGUGAAUAUAAGAGAUAAAGGGGUCAAUGUGAUACGAUACGAAGAAAAUGGAUUUUAGCUCUUUAAAUCCAAUUACAUCAAAUUCCUUAAACCUUGCCGCACGAAAUAACGAUGUCCAAGGUGUAAAAAGGUUACUCAAAAAGAUUAAUCCAAAUUGUAUCGAUAACAGGGGAUGGACCUGCCUUCACGAAGCUGCUGCUAAUGAUAGUUAUGAAAGCUUGUUGCUCAUUUUAAAACAUCCAGACACUAGACCAUUAGUUGAAACUCAUGAAGGGCAUACAGCUUUAUAUCUUGCCUGUCGUCAUAUUUGUUCUCUGAAAACAAUUAAGACUUUGCUGGAUUAUGUACCAGAUAUUGCAAACUAUGGGAGUACUGAGGGUGUAACCCCGUUGCAUGUUAGUUGUGGACAAGGAAGAGUUGAGGUAAUACAGAUUUUAAUUGAUUAUGGAGCUAUGCUUGAUGUACAAGACUUUGAUGGUGACACUCCUUUACAUGAUGCAGCUUUAGGCUUGCAAUAUGAAGCUGCAGAAACGCUAUUGUAUGUUGGUGCAGAUCCAGAAAUAAGAAAUGAAGCAAAUUAUACACCAUUUCACUUGGCUUCUUAUAAGGGCUGCUUGAAAACAGUGCAUUGUCUAUACCCAUUUGUUACUGAGAUUGACCAAUUAACUGUCAAUGGUGAUAGUGCAUUGAUUCUUGCUGCACAAGGAUGCAAUGAUGACAUUGUAAAAUUUCUGCUGAAGAAUGGAGCUGAUCCUCAUAUAAAAAAUCAGUAUGGAGAUUUAGCCUUAACAGUUUCUUUAAAUAUGGGUUAUAGUACAAUCUUUAAAACAUUGCUAUCGGUCAUGGAUGUUAAUAAAAUAGAUCAGAACAUAAUUUUAUAUGCAUGUAAGCCUCAUUAUUUUAAAUUUGAAAUAUUGGAGAGUCUUCUUAUGCAUAACUUGGGUCCUGAAUUCUUUGACUUUAUAGAGCAAUUCCAUGUCACUUUAGAAAAGAUUGGAGAUUUAAGGCCCACAUACUUGACAAAUGCUCCAAUUAACUCCUAUUUGAAUAUCUGUGAAUAUAUAUAUAGUACCUCACCUGAGAAAUUUAGGGAGUUUUUCCUUUUAUUUCUUAUGAGAGGUUUAGCAGUUGAUGCAUUGGAUGUGAAUGAAUGUCCACCGCUGGUUUACAUUCACUAUUGUAUGCAUUCUGUGUGUUUUGAAGAGGUUUUUAGGAUACUCCGAGAACAUGGCUGCAAUGUGGAUUAUUGUAGUGCCAAUUCAUGUAUAAAUACAGAGAAAUGUGUGCCUGAUGCAUUUUUGGCAUCACUUACCUCAGAUCCAGCAACCAUACCAAUUAUGUUGCCAUACAGUAUUUACAGUGAACCAGGCUUUUUGCUCAAAUUUGCCUGUGAUAAUGGUAUCCUAGGAAGGAUACCACAAAGUGUUCAAGACCAAAUCUUAUCAAUGAUAGGUAUAUUUAAGGAAGGGACCACUGCAGAAAUCCUACCAUUCACACCAUUACCCUUGAAGCAUUUAUGCCGAGUAAAUAUUAGAUCACUUUUAAGAAAGAGAGCAGCACGGUUUACUACACAAGAGUUUUUAAAUGUUUUAGAUAUGAUGAGACUACCUCAUAUGAUUAAAAACUAUUUACGGUACAUGUAAUUGUACAUAGGAAGCCUUAAUAGAUGCUAUUGCCACAUGUUAGUUCUAUUUCAUAUUAAAUGUAAAAUUGCACAAAUAGUGGCCUUACUCAUUGUUUUAACUUACCUUUAAUUAUGUUACUAUUUGUUUACUCUUAAAAGUUAACCUAAUACAGAACAGAUAAAAUUGCAGCAGAGUGAAAAUUUACUUACAUUAUUUUAAACACAAAAGUUACUCAUAAUAUAGAAAUUGUAUGGAAGGUUUAUUUACAAAAUCUGUUUGUGAAGUACUGUUAAUACUUGAUUUAUCCCAAGAUUUCCUCAAGAAAAGUUGACGUCCAAUAUUUCUGAUGUUUGAAAUGUUGUUAGGUUCAUUAUAGCUUACUUAAGCUGCUUAUCCAACUGUAGCACAGCAUAGUAUUAUAAUUUGGAAAAAUAUAUGUAUUUUUCCUCACUUCGCCCAAUUAAAAAAAAAAUUGUGAGUUUUGAAGUAUGAAAAAAAAUCUGGAUGUUUCUAGUCAUGUCUGCAAGUUUUCAUAGCUUUCGAGUUCAUUAAUAAAAUAU